CGUCCCUUCAUCCAACAUGACUUUAAAGGCGUAUUUAAAAGCUUGAGCUUCAGUUACAGUUGCGGCGGCUUGCCUGUUCGACGAGCUCGGCCCCUGCCUCCCCUGCCUCCGGUCUGAGCAGCUCAGCGGACGAUAACACCGAACCGGCCGGCAAGCACCACAGACUGCACCAAGCGACCUUAAUGAAGCUUUCCAAGCCUUUUUGAUUCAUCAGCCGUUCGAUGGGGAUUUCACGAGGAGCUCUGCCCACCGCCUCCACCGCCGCCUGCCUCCCUCUCUCCCCUUCCCCCUCCCCCUCCACCUGCGGCUUUGACCCUGCCCCCUCCAUACGAAAAAUGACUCUGGAAUUCACCGAAUGGUCUUCUAUAUGGAUUUUCACCCCUUGUAAUAGACAAAAACAAAAGUAAAGGCGCAAGAGGGGCAUACCUCGAUGACCGAAAAGCCAUAAACGCACACCUCACACACGCACAUACAUGCCUCCACACAAAUACACGUUACACAAAAUUGUACAAAUUUUUGAAUGUCUCUCUUCCUGUGAAAAUUCACUGCUUCCUUUUUAUUAGUGGGAGAUUUUUAGCAAAUUUUGGAACAGCUGAUUUUGUUGUUUUUCGUCCUGUGGGAGAAAAACAUCAAGGCGUGAUAAAAAUUUUGAAUUGAAUGCUGCAUUGCUGUGGAGUUUGAUUAGGGUUUAUUUUGGAGUGGGGGUGACUUUUAGCAGAUCAAUACUUGAUCAUUUCAAACAGUCUUUUUAUUCAUUCAAGAGUUUUUAGAUCGCAAAACAAAUCAAAUAUAAUUUAAAUAUUUUGGAGGGAGCCCACUCGAACAGUCGGAAGGGGCGCUUGUCUGUAUGCCCCCCCCCGCCAUGCCACCCCAGAACACGAGCGCAGACGCCAUGCAAGUGGGAUCUCUAUUGGGCGGCACCGCAGAGGCCAACAACUCCACAAAGUCGGAAGAAGACAAGGGAGGAGGAGGCGGUGAGACAGAUGGACUGGGACAAGGGAGCGGUGGCGGGGAAGAGGCUGCUAGCGAGGGAUCUAUUGCGGGCAUCCCGCUGAAGAAAUGGUUGAUGCACGGUGCCAUCAUGUUCGGUAGGGAGUUCUGCUACGCAAUGGAGACGGCGCUGGUGACCCCCGUGCUGCUGCAGAUCGGUCUUCCAGAACAGUACAACAGCCUGACCUGGUUCCUCAGUCCUGUUCUAGGCCUCAUGUUCACGCCGCUGAUCGGCUCAGCCAGCGACCGCUGCUCGCUGCGCUGGGGCCGGCGGAGACCCUUCAUCUUGGCACUCUGUAUUGGAACGCUGAUCGGAGUGGCGCUCUUCCUGAACGGAUCUCUGAUAGGACUGUCUUUGGGGGAUGUGCCGGGGAAACAACCAAUUGGAAUAGUCCUCACCGUGCUGGGAGUGGUGGUGUUGGACUUCAGCGCCGAUGCGACGGAGGGACCAAUCAGAGCGUACCUUUUGGACGUGGCCGACACAGAGGACCAGGACAUGGCACUUAACAUCCAUGCAGCCUCGGCAGGUCUCGGUGGGGCGGUGGGCUACGCUCUGGGCGGCCUUAACUGGACUAACACCUUCCUGGGAGAAAUCUUCAAGUCUCAGGAGCAGAUUCUUUUCAUCUUUGCCGCCAUUCUCUUCUCUGGGUCUGUGGUGUUACAUCUGCUCAGCAUUGACGAGCAGCAGUACAUACCUUUACAUGACAGGCUGGACCAGGAGAGUCCAAGCCAGCCUCAACCUUUAGGGGAUGGCAGGACGGGACUUCUGGCUCCUAAACUGGAAAUGAUCGGAGAGGAUGAAACAAUGGACAGCUUUGACCUUUAUGACAGAGACGAUCUGUCCGAGCGCGGGGAUUUGGACAUGGACUUUCUGGAGGUGGAGCUCGUUAGAAGUAAAAGUGACAGUGUUCUGGCCAUGACGGACGCCACUUUGGAACACCUGGACAACGAAGCUUUAUUCCUGUGCCACAUCGAGCCGUCCAUCUUUGCGGACCGCCUCUCUCCCUACCACAGCUCUCCCCCGGCACCCGCCCACCUCCUGCGCGCCAACUGCAUCACCCCGCCACUUCCCCCCAGUCUGGCUGGUGUGCGACGCAGUAGUAGUGCAGGAAGCCAAGACCUGCUCCGCCCCCAAACCAGCAACCACCAAAAACACCCCUCGGGCGGCAGUGUUAGGGUCUGCCGCCUUUCGGCGUUCUUACAGGAAAUGGAGAAUGACGAGGGGCAGGAGGCGUUGCUCAACAACCAACUCAAUGAGCAGCGCACCUUGAAUGGUCGCUUGCUGGCAGGCGUCGACAUGACAAGUACAGGUGUCGCUAACGGGCUGAGCGCUAAAGGACAAGCUCAUCGUGCCGGAAUGGUCAAAGCUGCCAGCACGGGUGCCCCCAUGCGGCUGUCCCACCACCACCAUACCUUCUACCGCCAGCCGUCUUGCACCUUCUCCUACUACGGCCGAGUGGGCCGUCGCCGCCGCUACCAGCGGGCCAACGCUGCCUUCCUUAUCAAGCCUUCGCGCAGCAUGAACGACCUGUACGAGGUGGUGGCACGGCACAGGCACAGUAACCGGCAGCGCAACCGUCACCGCAGCGGCAACACCAACUCCUCCAGCGGAGACGCUGAGAGCGAGGAAUGCGAGGUGGAGACAACUGUGCGUCUGCUGUGGCUCUCCAUGCUGAAGAUGCCCCCGGAACUCCUGCGUCUGUGCGCCUGUCACCUGCUCACAUGGUUCUCCAUCAUAGCCGAGGCCGUUUUCUUCACAGACUUCAUGGGACAAGUCAUCUACCACGGAGAUCCCACUGCUUCAGUUAACUCCACUGCUUUAGAUAAUUAUCACCAAGGCGUUCAGAUGGGAUGUUGGGGUCUGGUUAUAUACGCCAUGACCGCUGCUACUUGUUCAGCUCUCCUUCAAAAGUACCUUGAUAACUUUGACCUCAGCAUCAAGGUCAUUUACAUCCUGGGCACGCUUGGGUUCUCCAUAGGAACUGCUGUCAUGGCUUUAUUCCCCAAUGUUUAUGUUGCCAUGGUGAUGAUCAGCAGCAUGGGCAUCAUGUCCAUGAGCAUCUCCUACUGCCCCUACGCCCUGUUGGGACAAUACCAUGAAAUGAAAGAGUACAUCCAUCAUAGUCCCGGCAACUCCCGAAGAGGAUUUGGCAUUGACUGCGCCAUCUUGUCCUGCCAAGUGUACAUCAGUCAAAUCCUUGUGGCUUCAGCUUUAGGUUCCGUCGUGGAAGCCGUUGGCAGCGUGCGUGUUAUUCCCCUCAUGGCGUCCGGGGGCUCACUCUUUGGAUUUCUCACCGCCUGCUUCCUGGUCAUUUACCCCUCACCACAUAAUGGGGAGGCGGGAUCGACCAAAGCAUCAGAGAAACAGGCUUUAACGACACCCGGCAGCAAAACGCCGCAGGAGAAACCGAGCUUCUUGAAGCUCAACAAGUCGGGAAAGGCCACCACGACCACCACUUCCUGUCACAUGGAGAAUGAAUCAGCUCUGUGAUAGGCCAACCAUCAUCAUCAUCAUCCUCUUGCUGCAAAGGCCUCUACCUGAAUAGAAUCCUUCCAUUUCUCUCUGUCUUGGUCCAGACGUGAGUACUCGGCACGUCAAAAAAAAUGGGAUGGUCUCCAUCUUUCAGGAAACCUCAAGGGACUCGUCUCUCUCAUACGCGCACACACACACACACACACACACAUGCCCACACGAACGUUACUGACAAACUUCGACUCCUCGAAGCUCUUUAAAAACGUUCUUCUUCCUCCAGUUGGAUGCGUGAUGAAUGCCACUUUGAAGCUUUAAGACUCUCCAGACUUUCACACUUGAAAUCAAAGAGCCCAAAGCCUGCUUGUGGGUGAUGCAAUUAUAAUAACAAUAUUAAUAAUAACACCGAUUGAGCCCCAAAAAGGACUGCAAAGGACAUCUUGUCAUUCCAGGACAACAUAAUGAAGCUGCCUGUAUAUAAUUAGUUUUUUAAGUGAAAUUCCAUAAGACAUAUUCACAUAUAUAUAUAUAUAUAUGUAUGUAUAUAUAUAUAUAUAUAUAUAUAUAUAUAUAUAUAUAUAUAUAUAUAUAUAUAUAUACAUACACAUAAAUAACAUAUAGAGUAUAGGGGGCAUUAUUAUUAUCCCAAAUGAUUUAUUUGCAUGAUGUGAGAUUUUAUGACAAAUGCUGCACCGUUCGCGAAGCAGAGAGGAGAAGGCCCUGUCUACUUCCUCUCUUUUCUGCCUCUCCUUGUUAGCUUUUACAAAAUGCUGAUCGCACAAUAGCUCGUACUGAAUGACUGCACAUUACCUAGGGGAAAAACAACUAUAAAGUUAUUCAUGAGUCUCUUAGGAGAUUAUUUGGAGGGUGUCUGUUGCUGGAACUCAACUGAAACAAAAAAACAACAAUAAUAUGCUUGCUGUAUAAAAUCAGAUCCAGUAGAUAUUUGCUAUUGGCAAAAAAUACGAAUAAUGCAUUAAAAAUGCCGUUUUUUGAUACCCUAAAUUGAACUCACAGCAUCCUGUCUUGCCUCUACUUGGUAAAAAAUGUUAAGUGAAUUGACUUGAGAAAACCACCACAGUACUCUUUUUCUUCUCCUGUAGAUAACGCCAUCAAACCAUUUUUCUCCUGCGGAUAGAGCCAUCAAACCGUUUUUUUCCCCCAUGUAGAUUACGCCAACAAACCAUUUUUUCCCUCCUGCGGAUAGCGCCAUCAAAAUAGUUUUUUCUGCUGCAGAUAGCACCAUGAAAUCAUUCCCCCCCUGCAGAUAGCGCCAUCAAACCACUUAUAGGUUACCAUUAGAAAAAAAAAUAUUCUUUCCAAUUUAAGUCAGAGAACAGAACUCUGCGAAUAUGCGCAACAGCAAAUGUUAAACCGCCAAUAGACAGACUCUACUGUUUGUAUCUCCAUUCCUUUUCAGUUUUAAUCGGGCAAAACCGUUUUUUUUUUUUUUUUGCACGUCUCAUCAUGUUCAUGCAAAAACUGGUACCAACAAAUUACAGUGUCUUUUUCUGCUAUUCUGAUUUUUUUUUUUUGUCAAAACCUGUUAAAGUUUUUAGCAUGUUCUUACUCAAAACCAUUAUUACAAAGUGUUUACAAACUUUGAAAUUUAAAAUUUUUUGAUUGGAAGACACUUGUUUUUGUUUAGUUUGGGGAUACAUGCAUUUUCCGAUUGAUACAUGCUACUGGGAAAAAAACACAAAAAUACGUAUGAUUUCCAACUAUCCAAAACUUCCAACGUUCUUGCUAAUAAUUUUGUGUUAUGUUUUUAUCGGUAAACACAAACAAAAACAAUUUGGAGAUACAGUUCAUGUCGUUUUACACCUGACGUGGUUUCCGAUAUACAGUAUGAACAUACUUUUAUAGGAAAACAAGAAUAUCUUAGUUUCUUCCUUAAUUAAAAACUUUCAUCAUCUGUUUGUAUUUUACAUAUUUUUAUCGGGAAGAAAACACAUAAAGAAAAAAAUUGGAGGGACAUGCAUUUUCGAAUCUGACGUAGUUUUCGAUAUGUGAUUGUUUUUUAUCGGAAAACCGUAAAAAAAUGGUGCUUUCUACCUUGAUCCAAUACUUUGAAAGUCUGAUUGUUUUAUUUUGUUUGUGUCAAGUAGAACACAUGCAAACAAAAACAAUUUGGAGAUACAUGUUGUCUUACACCUGACAUGGUUUCCGAUACUGAACACGUUUUUAUCAAAAAACUAAAAAAAUAUCCUAGGCUACCUGAAUCAAAAACUUCCAGCGUCUGUUUUAUGUUUUUUACAUGGUUUUAUCGGGAGGAAAACGCAUACACAAAAAAUUUUAAAUACACUUUACAUAGUUUUAGAUAUAUAAACAUGUUUUUUUAUCGGAAAACCUAAUAAAUUGUAGUUUCUCCCUCAAUCAAAAACUUCCAACGUCUGGUUAAUGCUGUAUUUUAAAUGUUUCUGUCAGGAAGAACACAAUACAAACAAACAAAAAAUUGGCGAUACAUGCCUUCUCACACCAGACGUGGUUUUCGAUAUGUGAUCGUGUUUUUAUCCGAAAACCAAAAACAUUUUUUUUUAAUGGUUGAUUUGGUUGUUGUUUUAUUUUCCAUUUUUAAUUCGGAAAAAAACACCCAGACAAAAACUAUUUGGGUAUACAUGUCUUUGUAUGGACUUUGUACUAAAUAUAUAGUUUCAUGUAAAUGCAGGAAUGCUUUUGGGAAUGACGCUUAAUGUUUAAGUUUAAAAAAUAACCUGCAACUUGGCAGAUUUAGUCGUAGUUCUGCUGAAGUUGAAGUGGGCCAAAUGUCGUCAUCAGGAGAGAAAUUGUUGUUUGAAUCAGAAGCCCUUGUGCUUGUUAGCAUGUUAGCCUAGCAUGUCGUGUUUUAAGGGAAAAGAGAGGUGUAGUUAAAGCAAAUUAAAUACUUUUUUUGGACUUAGAGACUCAGAAUGGAGAAGUCCAACAACCAAUGAACGCAGCACGCACUCAGGAAAGUUGCGUGCUAAGUGGUUGUUUUUUUUUGUGCUGCGUUUUGCAACAUUUCUCCCGCUCUGAGGAAGGCAGAAGGGAGAUAACAGAUGACUCGGUUAAGUCUGAGUUUUUUUCUUUCUUUCUUUUUUUUUUUUUAAACGAAUGUCACAACUGCUGAUGAUGCUGGACAAACCAACUUAAACUUAGUAAAAGUUUGAUUUCGUCUUUUCUUAAGAGUGCAUUAGAAAUGUUUGCUGGCUUGCUCUCUGUGAAUGUUUCCACAUCUAUUUUUGAAAAAGGUUUAUGUCUCCCUAAAUGUAAUUCUGUGACUGCAGGUUGUUUCAGCAGAGCAGCAAAAUGUGCUCCUGCUGUGAAACUGAAGUGACAAAAGUUGGCAAAAAGAACCAAAUAGUUGAAGUGUGAUUGACGCUUUUGUAACCACGAGGCUGGUAAAAAUCUGUUAUUUGGUGGAAGUAAUAGAAUUUAAAUGUAGUUAUGUGUGCAUGUAACAUUUAUGACAUUUACAGUUUAUACACGACACCAAAAUCUUGUAGUUCUUACCUUUUCUUCUGUACACAUCAGUAUUUGGGCCGCGCUGAAAAGAACAAUGUCAAAUUAAUUCGAAUUACUCCUCAUCUUUUUUUUUAUCUUGUAAUAUUUCAACUUUAUUCUCCUGAAAAUUACCACGUUUUUGUUACAGCUUAGUUCACCUAAACUAAAACAACUUUUUUAUGGUGAUAAUUGACUAUAAUUUCUUGAAAAUUACCACAUUUUUGUUUGAAUAUUAUAACUAUAAUCCGCUAGAAUGAAACCAUUUUAUGUCAUAAUAUCUUAUAUUGUGACAUAAAUCUCGCAUGAUAACUUCACUUUAUUCUGGUAAAAUGACAACUUUUUUUCCCUGUAAUUUUACAUCCAUCCAUCCAUCCUUUUUCAACCGCACUCGGCCGGAAGGUAGUGUACACCCUGGACAAGUCGCCACCUGAUCGCAGGGCAGAUAGACAUUGUUUUUGUAGUAUUUCGUCUUUGUUGUUUUUAAAAAAUCACUUUGUUUUAAAUUAUGAUAUUAUUCUCAUAUUACAACUAUAUUCUUGUAAUACAGGAUUAUGAUUAAUAUCGUGACUAAAUUCUCAUGACGUCAUAAUACGGGUUUUUUCUCAUAAUAUCACAACUUUAUUAGUGAAAUAUUAUUAUACAUCAUACUAUAUUAUAUUAAGAUAUUUUUAAAAUUAUCAUAUGACUUUAUUCUUAUUAUAAAUGUUAUAACUUUAUUUCCUUGCCAUUUUGACUAUAUUAUCCUAAAAUUACAAAACAAAUGUACUCUGUUCGUUGAAAUUUUACUUUAUUGUGUUAAUAUUGUGAUUUUUUUUUUCCAUUAUAUUACAACUUAAUUCUUGUCACAAAAAAUAUCAAAACUUUUUUUUAAAUAACAUUGCGACUUUUUAGAAUUCAGAGGGUUUUUUUCUUGCAGUACUGUGACUUUAUUGUCAUAUUACAACUUUAUUCUUGUAGUCUUCUGACUUUGUUUUUUGAAAAACACUUUUGUAAAAUUAUGACUUAAGAUAGUUUUUCUCACACCAUUAUGACUUUAUUCUUGGGAAAAAAAACAAUCAGAAUAAGGUGACUUUAUUUCCUAUAACAUUAAUUUCUAUGUAAAAAUUAGAAAGAAAAAGGACAGUUUAAAAAAAAAAAGUUUAUUGGAAUUUUUGCAUUUCUAUUAUUAUUUUUCUGUUAUUUCUCUUAUUUCUUUUUAGUGUGGCCCUAAUACUUCUUGAUGCUUGUGUCAACAUAUUUUUUGUUUUUUAAAGACGUGCUCAGUUUGAGUAAGUUCCCUUUUUCUUUUUUUCUUUUUUAAAGUAGAAAGGACUAAAGCACUUUAAAGACUGAGGCAAUGGUUUUCUGUGUUGUAAAUGUGCAGGAGGUGGAGGAGGAGGAUGACACUCCUUGUUUAACAACUUGAGGGUCUUAUGUGUCAUUUUAUAUGUUUUCCAAAUGUAUUUACCCUCAAAAGUUCCACGCCUUUUGUCGGAAUGUUCCGCCAUGCUCGCAUGGCAUGCUGGGAGCUUAAAAUCUUUUUUUUUUUUUAAUUUUGGUUUCCAUCUUUAAGACAAAAACGUAAUGAAUGUUUGGUUGGGUGGCUGACAUUGCACAAACCUUGCACAUGAAAAUGUAACAGAAAAAAUAGCUAUGGAUAUUUACUGUAAUUUCUAUGUAGCCUGCAAGAGAAAUUAUGUUAAGGGGAUGUUACUCUCUCUCUCUAUUUGUGUGUGUGUGUGUGUGUGUGUGUGUGUGUGUGUGCGUGCGUGUGUGUGCACGCGUGCGUGCGUGUGUGCGUGCGUGUGUGUGUGUGUCAGUCAAACGUUUUUUUGAAAAAGUGUCAACCUGGUUUACACCUUGCGAUGGAGUUCUUAAAAGUUGUCAUCCUUUUUGUGGGGAUGUUUUUACUUUUGAUUAGAUUGUUUGAUGUUUGACAGAGGCACCCAUGUAUGAGUGGCCAUCGGUUGCCUAGGCAACGCUGCCUGUGUGCCUCAGGUCAAGUGUGCAAUGAUUAUGAUGAAUUAAGUGUAUAUGCACAUAAAUAUAUAUACACACACAAAAACACACACACACACAUAUAUAUAUAUAUAUAUAUAUAUAUACAUAUAUAUAUAUAUAUAUAUAUAUAUAUAUAUAUAUAUAUAUAUAUAUAUAUAUAUAUAUAUAUAUAAACUACCUAAAUAAUGGGAAGUUCUCUUUACGUCCUUAUUAAUGCCUUCUGUCAUUUAAAAAAUGUUGUAAGUAAACUUUUAGUUUCCCCUCUUCUUUUUGCUGCUAUGGGAAAAAAAUAUUAUUUUUUUCAGUGGCUUUGUUUUCUAUAUAAAACCUGUGUAUAUUAAUACAUACACAAAUAUUAUAUAUAUAUAUAUGUAUAUAUAUAUAUAUAUAUAGCUUAAUGUUGUGUAAAUAUGCUUGAUCUUUCAUCGCAUACAAUAGAUUGACUCUGGAUGAUGAAACUGUAUGAAAUGCACCUUUUUAAAAAUGAUUUAGACUAACA